AUGACAAUUGACGAAAGACAAUAAAAUAAUUUAACCUCUUUUUUCAAAACAAAACAUGUUGACCAAUAUUUUCAUUUAAUUUUAUUAUAAUAAAAUUGUUCAUUAAGAUUAUACUGAUAUACAUAAUUUUUACAAGAUGGGGAAGAAAAAGAAUGCUUUUAAUCACCUCACUUUAGAGGAAAGAAAAGUAAUAACAGUUGCUGAGGUAGUACAAGAGCUCAUUAAGGCUCAUCAAGAAAGGAAGGAUAUUAAUUUAAACUCAUUAAAAAAUAAAAUUGCAUCUAAAUAUAAUUUGGAAACUGCUCCAAGACUAGUUGAUAUAAUUUCUGCAGUGCCAAUAGAUUAUAAAAAAAUUCUUGUACCUAAACUGAUGGCAAAACCCAUCAGAACUGCUAGUGGUAUUGCAGUUGUAGCAGUAAUGUGUAAACCUCAUCGUUGUCCACAUAUUAACCUUACUGGAAAUAUUUGUGUUUAUUGUCCAGGAGGUCCUGAUUCAGAUUUUGAGUACUCCACUCAAAGUUACACUGGAUAUGAACCUACUUCAAUGCGAGCUAUCAGAGCUAGAUAUGACCCCUACCUUCAAACCAGACACAGAGUUGAACAGCUCAAGCAACUUGGGCAUUCAGUAGAUAAAGUGGAGUUCAUAGUGAUGGGGGGUACAUUCAUGAGUUUACCAGAUGAUUACAGGGAUUAUUUUAUUAGAAAUUUACAUGAUGCCUUGUCUGGACAUAAAAGCAGUUCUGUAGAUGAAGCUGUAAUAUAUUCAGAAAGAAGUAACACUAAAUGUAUUGGGAUUACCAUAGAAACUAGACCUGAUUACUGUUUAGAAAAACACCUGUCAGAUAUGUUGAAAUAUGGCUGUACUAGACUAGAAAUAGGAGUUCAAUCUGUUUAUGAAGAUGUAGCUCUAGAUACAAAUAGAGGACACACUGUAAAAGCAGUCUGCGGUACUUUUCAUGUAGCAAAAGAUGCCGGGUUUAAAGUUGUAGCCCACAUGAUGCCAGAUUUACCAAAUGUCGACUUAGAGAGGGAUAUUGAACAAUUUAUAGAGUUUUUUGAAAAUCCAGCAUUUAGAGCAGAUGGUCUAAAAAUUUAUCCAACUCUUGUAAUAAGAGGCACAGGUUUAUAUGAAUUAUGGAAAACUGGUCGUUACAAAAGUUAUCCUCCCUCCGUAUUGGUAGAUUUAAUAGCCAAAAUAUUAGCUUUGGUCCCUCCAUGGACAAGAGUAUAUAGAGUGCAAAGAGACAUACCAAUGCCUUUGGUCAGUUCUGGUGUUGAACAUGGCAACCUCCGAGAACUGGCCUUAAACAGAAUGAAAGAUUUGGGUCUGAAAUGUCGUGAUGUACGUACCAGAGAAGUCGGUAUAACAGAAAUACAUGAAAAAGUGAGACCAAAUGAUGUAGAAUCUGUGAGAAGGGAUUAUAAAGCUAACGGUGGUUGGGAAACAUUCUUGAGUUAUGAAGAUCCAGACCAAGAUAUUUUAGUAGGGUUACUAAGGCUGAGAAAAUGCUCCGAAUUGACGUAUCGUACUGAACUUCUUGGCGGUUGUUCCAUAAUUCGUGAACUUCAUGUUUAUGGCAGUGUAGUUCCUGUAAGUGGCAGGGAUGAUAAAAAAUUCCAGCACCAAGGCUUUGGAACCUUGUUGAUGAACUGGGCUGAAGAUAUUGCUAUUAAGGAACAUGGAUCUGUAAAAAUGGCUGUUAUUUCUGGCGUUGGUACAAGAAAUUAUUACAGAAAAUUGGGUUAUACAUUAGAGGGACCUUAUAUGGUAAAAAGUUUGAAACCUGGAGAGUAUAUCAGUGCUUUUGAUUAUGUUGACGGAUCGGUAUUGAAGUUUGAAAAUAAUAGAAACGUAAUAAAGCAAAUUGUUGAUGAUAAUGAUGAAAAAGAGGAAGAUGAGUGGUUGAAGAAAAUGGACGAAGAAUAUAAAAGAAACGGAAAGGUGGAGUGGUAGCUUUAAGUAAAAAAUCACGCAUAUUUUUUUUGUUGAACAAAUAAAAAUGAUUAUUUCAAA